AUGGCGGACCCAAACGGUUACCAGGCCUACUACGGCCAGCCUAGCAACCCGCCGGCCAGCUCCCAACCAGCAACCGGUCGCCACGAGACGUACAACCCCCAGCAGCACCCCGCUCAGAACCAACAGCUGCCAAGACGUAUGCCAAGCUACAACGCCGGGGAUGAUUCUCAGCUCUUCAACGCCUCACGGGUCCACAAUGCGCGACCGACCGACGCCGAUGCGAGAUACUCGGUGCAGAGUAGUGGAUAUGCGGGCGGCGUGGGACAGGGAAGCUACAAUAAUGCCGCCGGAGGAUACGAGGAUGAUCGUGAAUCGUCUGUGUUUUCGCGCACUCCAUCUGACCAGUCGCGCAUGUCGCCCACUCGCGCCUCGUCGCACACGAGCGUCUCCAGUUACGGGUACCGAUACCCCGGAUCGUCAAGCCAGCCCGCGUACAAUCCCCAGCAAUAUGGCCUCCCACAAUCGCAGACGCAGCCGAAUCUCAGUUAUAACCCCUUGAACUAUACCACUUCCAGCAAUAAUGCGUCCUAUACCAACACCGUGUCAGGUCAUCAGCCGUAUAAUCCCGCCGCAUACCAGCCAGCGGGCCUGUCACCAAAUCUCGCACGACGACCCAGUGAGGUCUCGCACUAUGGACAGACUCCCCCGACCCCGCAGCCCUAUGGGUUCGUCUCGCAGCAACCGCCAAUGCCCCCUCCUCGUGGACCGGACCAUCCCUACGGAAGUCGAACUUCGCCUUACGGAUCGUCGCCUGUUAACUCGAACCAGGCGCCUAUGAAUGCUGCUCCCACCUCAUAUCAACCAGUUUCAUCGCCAACUACUAGCACCUUUGCGACCUCGAACUCCCCAUCUAGCGCCUACCUCCCUCAAUCUACGUCCCGUCCUUAUUUUCCUGUUGCAGCAGGCUUUGGGUCAGACUCGCCGUACCCUACUCCUACAAUCCCUCCUGUGAGCAGCAGCUAUGACGACCAGCCCCCGGAGCCACCGGCCCAUCAACCACAAGGAAAUGGGCUCUAUGGCAAACGGACCGGCAUGCCCCAUUCUGCUUCCGCGCGGACUCUGCCCACGCCCCCUGUGCAACAAGAUCUACCAUUUCUGCCUCCCAGACGAACGGACACACUAACCAGGCAUCCACAAGCACGACCUUUGCCGGGCCCGCCGGUCGAUGCCGAAUUUGACAUGAAUGAACUCUCUCAUUCUGCUCGGUCGAGCACCAUGCAUAAUGAUGAAUUGAUGAAGGAACUUGAGUCUGCAGUGAUGGACACACAGGCGACUUUCAACCAACGUCACAACUCUAGGGGUUCAUAUAACGGCUCGGGAUCGAACAUACGCUUAUCGCCCGACGAGCAGCAUACUCAUACCAACGGCAACAUGUCAGAGAUUCAGAUCAACUAUGGCGCUUACAGUGACGAUAGUGAGGCGGAGGCUGAAGCAGGGCUUGCUAUGUUGCGCAUGGCGGAAGAGGAAGACCAGGCUCGAGAGGAGCGAGAGAGGAUGCAAGGUCGCACUAGACGGGAGACAAAUGCUUCGGUUAUCAGCGCUCGCUCACAUGGCUCUCAGACAUCAGCCAGAGGGCCUUCUUCGCAACAAGCAUCCCCGAGACAGCCUUCUUCACGUGGCCCUUCCCCACACUCGACUCCUUACGAGGAUGACGAAUUCAUUGGUCAUGAUCUCGCUCUGUACGAGGGAGGUUACCAAGGGAAUCUACAUUAUGGAGAGGAGCCUGCGUACAGCUCUGAGGAAUACCCAGACCCUGCUGCUGGAGGAGGAUUCCAACGUACCCAUGACUCUUUCAGAAGCUCCAAUCUGUCCCCCGACGAACACGGGGAGUAUUACGAUGACUACGAGCACCCGCCAAUUGCGUACCAGUAUGCCAACCGCCUACACCACCCUCCCUCCGAUGCUCGUGUCGAUGCUGGAGGCACCGGGGGUCUCUCUGCGCCCGGGCACUAUAGCCGACGAAUGAGCUUUGAUUACGGCGAAGACGGUGACAGUCCGUACGAGCAUCAGCAAGAGAGAGAUCAGUCGGGCGACGAAAGCCCCCACGGUGGCGUGCCCGAGGAUCUCUUCUUCCACCCCGGCAUGCGCCCACUGCCACCCGCACCCGUCGAGCCCGCUGGUGGUGCUGACCUGUACACCCACCUGAUGCCCGCAGGCACGUACCGGCCGCCGGAGCAGGAUGAGAUGCAGGGUAAUCAACAGUAUAGACAUCCCUCUUCUAUCGCGACGUCCGUGGACUCGUAUGGAGAGCAGUUGCUUAGUCCAUCCCAAGUUCCACGGUCGUCGUCUCUUUCGACACCCAUUGGACCUCGUACUGAUCCGCCUAUGAGAUCGAAGACCGAUGCGGACCGCGUUAAGUACAGGCAGCAGCAGCAGGAGCUCCUCUGGCAGUUGCAGCAAAAGGAUCUGCCCAAGAUUGACCCGGCCGAGGAGGCUGCUACUGUGGCACUAGAUCUACCGGCUAUCCCCGCGGCACGGCGCAAGAAGUUCAAUCUUACGAAGCUCUCGUCGGAGCAAUUCAAGAAGUGUGCCGAGCCGUGGGCGCUCAGCUCUAUUUUAACUUGGAUCAAGGAACUCAGUCAGGAUGAGGCCGAUCUUCGGGAGCAGGCUGUUGCCGAUGCGAUUGUGGCGUUGUUUACGCACAAAGUACCAACGAUGAACAUUGCGGAUGCUGAGACGCUGGCGGCUCGGGUGGUGAGCAACAUGCUUAAGGAGGAAGCAUUGGUCAAAGAGGAAGAAUGGGUCAAGUUCAGCAGUGGGCGUAUAUCUGGUGUCUUGUUCCAGAUCACGGGAACUGGUUGCUACUCGCCUAAGCUGCAUGAACAGGAGAUGCACAUCCAGGACACUGAUUCAUAUGGACGCUGCUACUCUCAUCACUGCAUGCGAACUUUGAAGAAGGUCAACCUCAAGGCACAGAUGAUGGCACCUCAGAAGAAGGUAGAGGACUGGGUGACCUUCUAUAAGGUGCCCAAACAAGUAUGGGAGUCCCACCCGAAGAAGGAGGUCGACCGGCAAAACAAUCUGCACGAGAUUGUGACCACGGAAGAUGCCUACAUCGGACAGCUGGACGUCUUGCGUGAGCUUUACCGUGACCAACUGGCCAACAUGAAUCCCCCCAUCAUUCCGGCUAAACGACUGAGCAAGUUCUUGAACGACGUCUUUGGCAAAGUCGAUGCAGUGAAAAAGGUCAACGAAGACUUUUUGUUGGCACAGCUCAAGUAUCGUCAGAAGGAGCAAGGGCCCUUUAUCGUAGGAUUCAGCGACAUCUUCCGCGAAUGGAUUCGCAAGGCGAAGAAUGUCUACAUCGACUAUGCUGCUACCUUCCCGCAUGCCAACCACUUUGUGCGCCGGGAGUCUGACCGCAAUCCACAGUUCAAGUCUUUUUUGAACCAGGUGCGCGAGCACAAGUUGUCAAACCGUCUGAGUUGGGAUACUUUCCUGAAAGCUCCGAUUACCCGGAUCCAGCGGUAUACACUGUUGCUUGCCACUGUGCAUAGGAAUAUGGUCAAGGACUCCGAGGAGAAGAGUAAUCUCGCGCAAGCUAUCGACGAAAUUAGGGUUGUUGCGUUGGAGUGCGACAACAAGGUCGGCGAGCAGAGCAAAAAGACGGACCUGAUGGAUCUUGCCAGCAAGCUCCAGCUGCGACCGGAAAUGCAAAAAGAAGUCGAGCUCAACCUGGACCACAUGGGCCGGGAAGUCGUCUUCCGGGGCGACCUGCAGCGACCCGGUACGCGGACUCGAUUCCUUGUCGAUACGCAUGCUAUUCUCUUCGAUCACUAUCUUGUUCUAGCCAAGUCUUUCACCGCACGAGAUGUCUCGCGAGUUGGCAAGUAUGAGCGGUAUGAUGUCUCUAAACUGCCCAUUCCAAUGGAUCUUCUGGUCCUGGAGAGCACCAAAGAUGACCCCGUGAUAAAGUCGUCCGUCCGUGGUGUCUCAACUGUCACCCCUGCGCAGGGUGGUGUAAGCCCUCUGGCCCACACGGGUGGCCCUUCUGCUAACGGUGCUGGUGUCACCCUGGACUCGAAGGACGACAAGAUCCUGUACCCGUUCAAGAUCAAGCACCUUGGUAAGAACGGCACAUACACUCUGUACGCAUUCUCAGCGAACAGCCGCGUUGAAUGGUGCGAGAAAAUCAUCGAGGCGAAGACCAAGCACGCUGCAGCUCUGUUCUCGCAGAACGCCGAACCCUUCCGGCUGCGGGUUCUUGCAGAUACGGCGUUUGCGUACUCCGAUCAUACGAACGGGUCGAAAAGUGUUAUGAUAAAAGGCACUCCACUGCACCGUGCUAUCAAGGAGGUUGAGAAGAAGUAUGAAACUGGGUCACGGCCUUCGCCUGUGUGCAGGACUGGUGUGAAUUGCGCGACUGUCUUCCAACAACCCCCUGGUAGGAUGAUGUGUGCUGUUGGUACAGACUUUGGAGUGUACAUGUCUGAUCUUAGUAACCCGCGGGGUUGGUAUCGAGUAGGUGUCACUACUCUAUUCUUUUGGGGGCUGCUCGCUGACGACGAUUUCCAGGCUAUCCCCAUCAUGCGGGUCACGCAGGUGGCUGUCUUUGAGGAAUUCAACCUGUUUUUGCUCAUUGCGGAUCGCUCUCUGAUCGCCUACCACCUUGAUGUGGUAUGUCCUGCGAGUGGCGUUUCCUCGCAAUCGCAGGACUCUGCUCGCCGGGCACCACAGAAGCUCUCCGGCAACCGCGAAGUGGGAUUCUUUGCUGCAGGCCGGAUGAAAGACCGCUACCUGGUUUUGUAUAAGAAGCGUGACGGCCUGUCCUCUACAUUCAAGGUCCUAGAGCCCAUCCUCCAAAAGUCCGCUUCCAGCAAAAGUCGCCUGUUCCAAUCCCGCCGCGCCCAAACCGAGUUCUUCCGCGAAUACGACGAAUUUUACAUCCCCGCCGAAUCCUACGGCAUCAACAUGUUCCACUCAUCCCUAGCCAUCGCCACCCAGCGCGGCAUCGAGGUCCUCACCCUAGACAAGAAGCAGUCUUGGUCCGUGCCAGACUUCCGCGCCGCAACCCCGGACGCCACCGACACGCUCCACAGUAUUGCCCAGCGCAUCAAGGAUCUCCGCCCGCUGGGCAUGUUCCGGCUUAGCGACAGCGAGUUCCUGGUAGCGUACCAGGAAUGUGCCGUGUACGUCAACAAGCACGGCGACGUGUCGCGGAGUGUGGUCAUGGAGUUUGUAGGCAGCGCCCAUACCGCUUGUUUGCAUGGAAAGUUCCUCAUCCUGUUCAACGAAGAUUUCGUCGAGGUCCGCAACGCUAUGAAUGGUCGGCUGCGGCAGGUCAUUCCGGGCCAUAAUGUGGUCUGCCUGGAUGACGGGAGCAAGUUGCCUGGCUCGUUUGGCCAGGCUGCUGCUGGCAAUAUGAGCGGGUUCUCCGGUAAUGCCAAUGGUGUCUCUUCUGGGACCGCCGGGCAUACUGUGAAGAUCUGCAUGCAGCAUCCCGCAUAUGAGCGCAGUCAGAUUGUUCUCGAGUUGGUUGAGAAUGAGGGCCAGAAGGAUUAA